UUCGUAUUACAAAAGCUUUUCUACCCAAAUACCAAAAGUUCUACCAUGGCUGCAUCUUACUCAGUGCCUUCAAUGAUAAUGGAAGAAGAAGGGAGAUUUGAAGCAGAAGUUGCAGAGGUGCAAGCGUGGUGGAACACAGAGAGGUUCAAGCUAACCCGGCGACCAUAUUCGGCAAGAGAUGUUGUGGCUCUUCGAGGGACCCUUAGACAAGGUUAUGGCUCCAACGAGAUGGCCAAAAAGCUAUGGAGAACUCUCAAAACACACCAAGGCAAUGGCACUGCUUCCAGGACUUUUGGUGCACUUGACCCUGUCCAAGUAACCAUGAUGGCCAAGCACUUGGACUCCAUUUAUGUCUCCGGUUGGCAGUGUUCAUCCACCCACACUUCAACCAAUGAACCUGGUCCAGACCUUGCUGAUUACCCCUAUGACACUGUUCCAAACAAAGUGGAACAUCUUUUCUUUGCUCAGCAAUACCAUGAUAGAAAACAAAAAGAGGCACGCAUGAGCAUGAGCCGCGAAGAGAGGGCUAGAACCCCUUAUGUUGAUUACCUCAAGCCAAUUAUAGCUGAUGGUGAUACUGGGUUUGGUGGCACUACUGCAACCGUUAAACUUUGCAAACUUUUUGUUGAGCGUGGCGCUGCUGGUGUCCAUAUUGAGGACCAGUCUUCAGUGACCAAAAAAUGUGGUCACAUGGCUGGAAAGGUGCUUGUUGCGGUCAGUGAACACAUUAAUAGGCUUGUGGCUGCGAGGUUACAAUUUGAUGUUAUGGGGGUGGAGACAGUUUUGGUAGCUAGGACUGAUGCAGUUGCAGCUAAUUUGAUUCAAACCAAUGUGGACACUAGAGACCAUCAGUUCAUUCUCGGUGCGACUAAUCCAAAUCUGAGAGGGAAAGCUUUGGCUCAUAUUUUGGCAGAAGCAAUGGCUGCCGGCAAAACAGGAGCUGACCUUCAAGCCAUUGAAGACAAUUGGCUGGCAGCGGCUCAGCUCAAGACAUUCCCUGAAUGUGUUAUUGAUGCAAUCAAGAAUAUGAAUGCUGGUGAGAAUGAGAAAAGGAGGAUAUUGAAUGAAUGGAAGAACCAUUCUAGCUAUGAUAAGUGUCUGUCCAAUGAACAAGGCCGAGAGAUUGCUAAGAGAUUGGGGCUUAAGAAUCUCUUCUGGGACUGGGACUUACCCAGAACUAGAGAAGGAUUCUACAGGUUCAAAGGGUCAGUUAUGGCUGCAGUUGUUCGCGGCUGGGCUUUUGCUCCUCAUGCUGAUCUUAUUUGGAUGGAGACUGCCAGCCCUGACCUGGUUGAGUGCACCAACUUUGCAGAAGGAGUGAAAUCAAAGCUCCCGGAGAUCAUGUUAGCCUAUAAUCUUUCACCAUCUUUCAAUUGGGAUGCAUCAGGAAUGACUGAUGAACAAAUGAAAGAUUUCAUUCCAAGAAUAGCCAGGCUUGGUUACUGUUGGCAGUUCAUAACACUAGCAGGUUUCCAUGCUGAUGCCCUUGUGAUUGACACAUUUGCUAGAGAUUAUGCAAGGAGAGGUAUGUUGGCUUACGUGGAGAGGAUCCAGAGGGAAGAAAGGAACCAUGGAGUUGACACACUUGCUCACCAAAAAUGGUCAGGUGCAAACUAUUAUGAUAGGUACCUCAAGACUGUCCAGGGAGGCAUUUCUUCCACUGCUGCUAUGGGCAAAGGAGUGACGGAAGAGCAAUUCAAGGAAAAAUGGACUAGCCCAGGGGCAAUGAAUAUUGAUGAAGGAAAUGUGGUGGUUGCUAAGGCAAGAAUGUGAGAAAGCUAUUUGGAAUUUGAGUAUGGUGAAGGGUCUUAUUGAGUAUUACCCAGAUUCUGGAUUGCAGAGCUGGGAAGAAUAAUGUGUUUGUCAUAAUUCAAUAUGUGAUUGGCGUCAUUACUCAUUUUGGGCAUUUUUUGGCCAUAUUGUGCUGCUUAGUUCUGUUCUAGCUCUCUU